GAUCGUUGCGAGGGAAAGAUGUCGGCCGUGGUGGUCUUCGCGGUUUUCCUCUUGAUCUUCACCAUCCUCAAAUUCCUCAAUGUCACCAGCCCUCCAAGACCACCAAAGCUCAUGUGCAGUGACUCCAAGUUCCUCGAACUCAUCCUGAAGUACUGUCCCCAGCUGAACGAGACGUAUGUGCCAGUGAGAUUAUGGGGCAGCAGCGGCCAUCUUCAGACUAUUGUACACGCGACUGUAGGAAGGACCUACUGCCCAACUGUCAUGGCCAAGAGGUUUGCUGCCCGACAGGAAGAUGGAGCCACUGUUACUUGGGAUGUGUAUGAGCCUACCGGGCCAUCGCAGUUUGAUGAGGACAUGACCAUCGCUGUGUGUCCUGGCAUCGCAAACAGCAGUGAGAGCACCUAUGUCAGAUCGCUGGUGUCACUUGCUUGCUCACAGGGCUACCGCUGCAUUGUGCUUAAUCACCUGGGAGUUCUGCCACACGUCAAGAUCACGAGCCCCAGAGUGUUUCGCUAUGGCCAAACUGACGAGUUCCACCUGAUGCUGAUGAAGUACCUGGAAGUCCACCCUGACACCAAGCUCUUGUUGGUGGGCUUCAGCAUGGGGGGUAACAUUGUCACAAAAUACCUAGGGGAGCCAGGUAGAGCCAGGCCAGGUAACAUUGUAGGAGCCAUCUCCAUCUGCCAGGGAUAUGAUGCCGUAAAGAGUCUAAAGUACCUCCUUGAGUGGCACAACCUCGCCCGAAUCUACCUGUUCUCCAUGACUGAGAACAUGCGCUCCGUUAUCAUACGCCACAAGGAGGCCCUCUUCACUGAAGAGGUUAAGCGGAAAUGUAACAUUGAGGAGCGGCGAGUCCUUUCUGCCGCCACCUUACCGGAGCUUGAUGAAGUAUACACCAGGCGCAUCUUUGGGUUCAGGAGUGUGGAGGAGCUGUACCGCAAUGACAGCUCAGCCAGCUACAUGCACAACAUCCACAUUCCAAUUGUGUUUAUUAAUGCUCGUGAUGAUCCCUUGGUCCACCCUGACUUGUUAGGCAUACCAGAGGCAUUUGUCAAGACUCAUAGUAACUCCCUCUACAUAGAAACGGACCAUGGUGGCCACCUGGGUUACUAUGAUGGCGGAUAUGUCAUGCCCCAAGCAGUCACAUGGCUUGACAGAACAGUUGUAUCCCUUGUCACAGCGCUGGCAAACAACCAGUAAGGUUGCAGGUGGUAGUAUAUUUUUGAAAGUGUUCUAGAACCUUCAUGAAGAAGGAAAGUUCCACAAAUUUAUAUGUGUGCAUGUAUGUGUGUAGAAGCCAUGCAGGUCAAUAUAUAUAUACAUGAAUCUGUUUGCAUACACACGAUAUAUUAUGUAUUGCUCUCUAUCAUGUGUCUCCCAGAUGAUAUAAACUAUGAAUUAGAUUAAAAAUAAUAGAAGACAGAUGAAGGUGUGAUUAAGCAUAUAAUUUGUAAUGAAUAGUUCUUAGUCCAGAUACCUAGUGAAAAGAUAUUGUUAUAAAUGUUUGGGACAGUGUGCGCAAAUAUUUGAUAUAAAUGUGAUAUUGUAGCACAAUUUCUGCUCAACUUUGGACAAUAAUAAGAUAUAGAUAGGAUACUAAGAUAGAUUUUAUAUAAUUUUAUUUACUUUAGUCAUAUAAAAAAAAAACUUUUUAUGAACACAUGAAAUUUGUUUUUUAUUUAAAGAAAGUAAUUUAUGCACAAGAAAUUUGGAUUACAACAUUUAUAAAGAUAAAUGAAUAUGUAAUGGACAGAGAAAAUAUUAAUUUAUCUCAAAAUAACCUAUACUGCAUUUACUCUGUCUUAAUCAAAAGAAGGAUGGUGAAAAGAACUAUGUUAAAUAGCAAACAAUAGAAAAAAUCUUGAAAAUGUUUCUAAUCAGUUGUAGUAAUGAAACAUUCUUAAAACAAUGUCUGUGCCAUUUAAUGUUUCUUAAAUCAUGGGAGACUUUUUCUUUCUUUCUUUUUCUGGUUACCUUCAUUUUCAUUUACUUUUCCAUUAUCAUGAUGUUGAGAAAAAAAUUGUUUUGUUUUGGAAUUCUUAGUUUGAUUUAUAUUACAGAAAUUUCACUCACACAUGCACAUGCACACGCACAAGUACAUACACACCCACACACACACUCAAUAAAAUAAGCACAAACACUCACACUCACACUCACGUAUCCUCAUCCUAAUCUUCAAUCACACUCACUAUCAUUCUCACUUUCAGGGACUCACGCUCAUUCAUUCAAACUCACUCAGACAUUCAUUCAUUCACAUUAUCUCUCUCUCUCUCUCUUUCUCUCUCUCUCUCUCUCUCUCUCUCUCUCUCUCUCUCUCUCUCUCUCUCUCUCUCUCUCUCUCUCUCUCUCUCUCUCUCUCUCUCUCUCUCUCUCUUUCCUCUGCUGAUUUAAGAUUUCGGUAUAUUUAUGUUGGUUACUGUUAUUUGGAAUACAUUUGUUGAGCUUUUGAUGUUUUAGUUAAGCAGUUUUGAGCAAACCUUUUGUAUUUUUUACAGUCAGUCUGCGACACCAGUCUUUUGGGUAAAGUUUCAGACUUAAUGAUUCAUAUAUUAUUAAAGGGGAAUAGUCACUUUGCUCCAUGACUGCACAAUAUACAGGGUUUGAUGAUAAGUUGAUAGUUGGCAGGGCUUUGUAAUAGUGUUAGAGAACUAAAGUGAGAAUGGAUACUACAGGCUAAUGCCACAUCAUUUAUCUGUCUUAUAGUGAGAGAAAUGUUUUGGUGCUUUUAAGUAUAUCAGCAUGCUGGAUCUCUGUCAGAGUUGAAUGUGGGCCUUAUUGAAGUGGCAAUGUGUCUUCAACUUUAAUCAUUUGAAUCUGUAAACUAGGAUGAUGAGAAAAGCUUGAAUAAGUUGGCAAAAGUACAUUACCCAAUUUAAUGUUGACAUUACUUACAAUAUUCAACCACUUGGACUGUAGCAGUUUGGUAAUGCUGUACAAAGCACAGUAAAAAUGUAAGGUAGGGUUAGUAACCCAAAGUUAAGCCAGGGAAGGCGAUGUUUGGUCGAUGCAAAAUGGCAGCAUUCAUUCACUUUUGCUCAUGAUGAGCCUUCUUCAUUCCAGUUUUUUAAGAGGUUGCUAUGCAGAGAAACCUGUCAGAUGCCUGCUAUUUUCUCACAAGGAUGCUGUUUGUAUCACUGAAAAAUAAGAGUUAAAACAUAUUUUUCAAGUUGUACUUACAAUGUGUUUGUAUUUAGAAAUUUAUUUUCUUAUAUUUCUUUUCAACAAGAAAGUCACUAUAUAUAUAUAAGUAUUCUCAAAGAGUGUGAGAAAAAGUUAUAGAUUUAUGGAAAAAGAUGAAAAGACUUUGAUUGCUCUGUGCUUGCUUAUGUGAUACUGCGCCUAAGUUGAAUUGCAGUUGUACAUAAGUUGUAUGUAAUAACCUCACAUGUAUGAUAGUAUAUAGGAUGAUUGCACUGCAGUUAUUUAACACUAUUAAGUCAUUUAACUUAAAAUUUGCAUAGGCUAUAGUUUCAGA